CUCUCCUUCUCACUACCACAAGGCGAAACCCCCCUCUCUGAAAUCAUCGAAAUCAAACCCCAAAAUUUCCAAUGGCUCUUCUUCUCGGUCCUCCAUCCCUCAGGCAAUCCCCAACCCCGGCGGCCCAACAACCACAGGCCCAAGCCCCUUCCGGCGACCCAUUCAUCGACCUCAUGGUCGCCGAUUACAACAACCUGGCCCAGCCUCCCAUCACCAGGCCCCAAAUGGGCUUCACCGAGAACGGCUCAGCCACAUUCGUCACCACCGGCGAUCCUUGCCUCGAUCUCUUCUUCCAGGUCGUCCCCAACACUCCGGCGUCGUAUCUGAACCAGCAGCUCCCUCUGGCCUGGGCCCACAACGCCCUCACCACCCUCAAGCUCAUCUGCAACCUCCGCGGCGUACGUGGCACCGGCAAGUCUGACAAAGAAGGAUUCUACACGGCGGCGUUUUGGCUCCACAAGAACCACCCCAAAACCCUAGCCUGCAACGUCGCGUCCCUCGCCGACUUCGGGUAUUUCAAGGACCUGCCGGAGAUUCUGUACCGCCUUCUAGAAGGUGAGGAUGUGAGGAAGACGCAGAAGUCCGAGUGGCUGCAGAGGAAGUCCGGCAGGGGUAGGGUUCGGACGGCGGCGGUUCCGUUCUUCAGAGGAGGUAGCGGCAGACGCGGCGGCGGUGGUGCGAAAAAGAGAACCAAGAGCGGUGGCCGGAGAGGAAACAACAGCCGUGUGGCUAGGGAGGUGAGGGUGCUGAACUCAAUGGAGAGGGCAAAAUCGGAAAAGGAAAAGGCCUCUGCUUUGAGGAAGGAGAAGUUCGCAGCCAUGGCCAAGAAGGCUGUUGAGAGGUACCAGCGUGACCCGGACUACAGAUUCUUGCACGAACGGGUUUCGGAUCUUUUCGCAGAGUGCUUGAAAUCGGAUAUGGAGAAUUUGAAGUCCAAUCAGUACAAGAAGAUUAGCCUUGCGGCGAAAUGGUGUCCUUCUCUGGACUCGUCUUUUGAUCGAGCCACUCUGCUCUGUGAGAGCAUUGCCAGGAAGGUUUUCUCAAGAGAAUCGCAUCCGGAAUAUGAAGGAAUUGAGGAUGCACAUUAUGCUUAUAGAGUCCGUGACCGGCUGAGGAAGGAUGUGUUGGUGCCAUUGAGGAUAGUGUUGGAGUUGCCGGAGGUUUAUAUGGGUGCCAAUCUGUGGGGUGCCAUUCCUUACAACAGAGUGGCCUCUGUGGCGAUGAAGCUUUACAAGGAGAAGUUCUUGAAGCAUGAUGAGGAGAGGUUUAAGAAGUAUUUGGAGGAUGUCAAGGCCGGGAAGUCUACUAUUGCGGCCGGUGCUCUGCUUCCGCAUGAGAUCAUAGCCUCUCUGAAUGAUGGGGAUGGGGAUGGAGGGCAGGUGGCCGAGCUUCAGUGGAAGAGAGUGGUGGAUGACUUGUUGAAGGAGGGCAAGAUGAAGAACUGCUUGGCUGUGUGUGAUGUGUCCGGAAGCAUGAAUGGGACUCCUAUGGAUGUGUGUGUUGCUUUGGGGAUGUUGGUGGCUGAGUUGAAUGAGGACCCAUGGAAAGGGAAGGUGAUCACAUUCAGUGCCAAUCCUCAGCUUCACUUGAUACAAGGCAAUGAUCUAAGCUCCAAGUCUGAGUUUGUGAAGCGGAUGGACUGGGGAGGCAACACUGAUUUUCAGAAGGUGUUUGAUUUGAUCCUCCAAGUGGCUGUGAAGGGGAAUCUGAAGCCGGAGCAAAUGAUUAAGAGGGUGAUUGUUUUCAGUGACAUGGAAUUUGAUCAGGCUUCGGGUUAUGGUUAUGGAGGGUAUGGAUUUGGAUAUGGGCGGUUCGGAAGUAAUGAUGUUCCAAGGGGAUGGGAGACUGAUUAUGAGGUGAUUCAGAGGAAGUACAGGGAGAAAGGGUAUGGUGAUGCGGUGCCACAGAUAGUGUUUUGGAAUCUGAGGGACUCCAAGGCUACCCCGGUGCCUGGGACUCAACCAGGAGUGGCGUUACUGAGUGGCUUCUCCAAGAAUUUGCUCAAGCUGUUCUUGGAUAAUGAUGGGGAGAUUCGCCCUGACACAACCAUGGAAGCAGCAAUCUCGGGUCCAGAGUAUCAGAAGCUGGUUGUGCUGGAUUGAUUAGUUGGAACAUCACCAUCUUUUAGGUCCAUGUGUAAACAAAAAACCCAAAAAAAAUAGUAGUAUUAGUAGUUUUUUUUUUUUUUUGGAUAGAUAGUGGUAUUAGUAGUUUCAUUUGUACAAGAAUACUGAAAGUGAAAUGAAAAAAAUAUCUUUUUUUUUUUUUUCCUUUAUCCCUUUCUUCUGUUUGAACUUCAGGUAUGUAAAUUUGCUUUAUCUAAUUUGGCUCUGUUUGGAACUUCAGGCAUGUAAAUUUGCUUUAUCUUGUGAAUGAGAUCAUUACCUUUUGUUAACAGCUAUAAUUUCCUUGCUUAUUAGUUUUCUAUCUACUGCUUCAGAUACUCACUAUUUAGGUUUUGGAGAUAUGUAGAUAGCUUUCUCUGUUUUUUUUUUCGUGUCAGGGUUUGUUCUUAAUUUGAUGUUAUUGUUCAGCUUUUGGAUAUAUGAUUUAGUUCUGUUUUUGCUUUUGUUGCUUUAUUUUCCUAUCAGUUCUUAGUAAAUAGGCCAUGAUAGUAUGUCCUCUAUAACUUAUGUCCAGCUUUUCGCUGCUAAAUUGAUCGAAUUUGGAUCCUUGUGGUCAUGUUAAAUACUUUGUUUUGAUGAUUGCCUGAUGGGCAUGCUAUUAUCCCCUAUCAGCAUGCUGUAUCCUAGGGAUCCAUGCUUCUAAUAAUGUCCCUGUUCAAGACAGGAUACUUGGAGAUGCACAGUUGUAAAGUGAGUACUUUGAUUCGAUCUGGAAUUUUGUCAUUGUCUACUCAAGAAGAAUUGAUCAAUACCUUUCAUUUAUAUCAUAGUCUCAUGUCUGUGCUCUUGUAUAUUCUGCAUGCUUUCUGGAUCAUUGUUGUUUUUUUUGUUUUCCUUUAAUGUUAUCCCUGGAGUAUUUGAUAUAUAAUCCAUUAACCAAAUAAGAUAAAAGACCGAAUGAUACCAAUUACUCUAAUAAAUUUAGAAUUAUAGAGAUGUCAGGGUAAACUGCAUUUGAUCUCUUGAUGGUCUUGCUUUGUCUGUAUUCACCUUAAUUUUAUGAAUUCUUCACCUUUUACAGUUAGAAAUUGUUGCAAAAGCGUAUAGGGAAGGAGAUUUCUUGAGAGGUCUUGGUGCUCGGGAUGGGUUUUGAUAAUGGUUGGGUGAUGUGGUUAGGAUGUGUGUCUACCCUAUUUCAUUUCAGUUUUGGCCGGUAUGGGAAGCCUAGUAGAUCUGCUGGACUUGGUGGCUAUCCAUAUCGGUUUACUGGUUUGAGAUCGUGACAUAUUGUAGCUCCGGCCUGUUACUCUGUUUGAUUUGAAAAUUAAUUUUUACUUUUUUUAUAUUUUUCUUAUUGCAUCCUGUGGGUUUAUGGAAGUUCCUCUGGCUGCUGUAGUGAAAUCACAGAUUUCUGUGGAUAUGUUUUGACUGGUAUUGAUUUUCUUUUUACCAUUUUGAGAGGUUUUAGAGUGUAGUGCCUAGUUUUGUUUCUUGUCUAAGUUGAGGACUAUGGAUCUUGUAAAACCUUCUGAACUACUGAACCCUACAGACAAAAUAGCCGAGGCACACAAAAAGUCCACUACUGAAUCCUGAGCUAUUGCAGAUAAGAGUUACACUGAAAAUGGGAGAUUUGGGGUUUCUCAUGAUCUACAAAAUAUCCUUGUUCUUUGAUUUUCUACUAACUUUUGAUAGUUGAAUAAGUUUCUUGUGUGUCAUUGGUGUAAGUAAGAUGAACAUCAUCAUCUUUAUAGUCUUGAGAAGAGUAGGAUGUGUCCUGCCUAUUGCCCUCUUGGCAGAUGGUCGUGUUUUGGGGCUGAUUGUUCUAUUGCUGUUUUGUUUAUGUUUCUGCUAAUUUGCUCUUAUAGUUGUUUGAAUGAAUUUUAUUUCAGGGUCAAAUAGAAAUAAAUGUAGCUAAAGAGAAUAUAUAUAUAUAUAUACGUAUACAUUUCAUCGAUCUUUUAAAGCUCAAAUCUCCCUUCAGUGAAGAUAAUGAAUUUUCUUGAAGCAUCUCAUGAUCUCAUGUUUUGUCUAGUGACUUGAGAGAGAGAAAUAGGGCAGGAAUGCAAUAGUGGUCAAGUUUCUGACUGAUGAAUUUGAGCAGGCUCCACCACGGCUUCUUAGUGCUUUGGUGGAUUUUACAAGAUCAAAGUCGCUCAGUAUACAAGCAAGCAAUAAAAAAGAGAGCCACUUCGUCUUUGUAAUGACCAGAAAAUGGAGCAUGAACCCAUAUACUUCUGAAGGCAUAAUUGAGAAUCAUUCAACAAAGGAAGCAGAAGAAAAUCUCACUCUCUCUCUCACUGCCGAACCCAGCAAAAAACAGAGCACAAAUUCUUCGAUCUCUCUCUCCCACCUCAGGCCACCUCAAGACGUCAGACCACCUCCAUUACCUUCGCCUCUUCCUUGCGCAGCCGUCAGUGGUAACUUUUCGUCGUCUCGUGAGCCGUACACGGCGGUGGAGCACGAGGCCAGUUUAACUUCCUUUUGUUCCAAGCUUGAUAUCUCAGGCUACCGGUCACCACUCAUCGUCAAACUUCAUCCACGAGCUCACCUCAAUCUCCAGAAGCGCCCAGAAGUGUCCUUUCACGGCGGCACUACGUGUGGUGGCGGUUGGAAGCCAAACCCGAUCAAAAAAAAUCGAAACCGAGCUAUCAACCCGGAUAUCUCGAGUUACAGACCACCUUUUCCUGUGACUCUUGGCCUGGUGAGUUCGCCUUGAGAUUGUUAACAACUCUAUAGAAGGGAUCGAGGCCUGAAGUUGAAGUUUUUACGUCGAAAUUCAAGCUCGCCGGAUUCUGGAAAUUUUCCGGCCACCGAGACUUUUGAUCGAGUUAUCUCGAGCUAUAGAGCUUUGUUUUGAGUAAUUCUUGAACCAGUGAGUUCUUCUUUAAGUUAUGAACAAGUCUCCUGAAGGAAUCGAAGCCAAAGGAGGACAUUUUUACGAUGAUCGGAGCUUCGCCGGUUUCUGCAAAUUAUCGCCGGAUUCUGGAAAUUUUCCGGCCACCGUGACUAUUUUGGUACUUUUCGACCCCUUCCUGUUAUUUUCUGAUCUUGAGAUAGUUAUGAAAAAUGAUCAGCAUGUUAAAAUGAAGAAGUUUGUAGUUGACAACUUUUGCAUCAGAGGUGGUUGACCUUCGUUGACCGCCGCGUUGACCGCCGUCUGACCUCCGCUUGUGGCGGCGGGUCGGACCUUAUUUUGAGUUUAUAUUAUCUGGACGAUGAUCUACGCAUCCAUACGAGCGUUUUGAUAUAUUACAAGGUUAUUUUAGAAAAUGUGGAUAAAUAAUGGAUUUACGUUUUGACGUUACUAUUUAACGUUUUUACGUUUUAUCUUCGGUUUACGAUCUGCGAAGAUCUGACCAUCGGUUUUACUUCAAAUUAUAAUAUGUUGAUCUUAUGACUGUCCCAGUGGCUUUGUGUGGUCAUGGGCGAAGAUCCGACCGUUGGAUCUUCGUAUAAUUGCUAAA